ACCAUACCUUACUUUCUGUUUUUAGCCAGAUGAAGAAGGAAGAUACUGUGACUAGUGAAUGCGCUGUUCCAGAAGUCGCCCCGGAGGCUCCCAUACCUACGCCCAAGCGGAAGCGUGGGCGCCCACCGGCACAGCCGAAGGAAAACGAAGGAAAUGAGUCGUCGCAACAACGUGCCAAACGAGGUAGAAAAUCCAUCGCUACUGACAAAGGAUCCACACCAGCUGAUGUGGACAACACUCCUGGGUCUAAGCGUGGACGUAAAAAAAAGACAAACGCGAAGCUCGAUACUCCAAAUGGUUCGGAUUGUGUUUCCCGUGCGGUCGCAUCCAACAGAAAAUCAUCAGUUAAGGCUGGUGUAGCUGGUACUCCUGAGCCAGAUUCCUACUCCUAUACGGAUCUUUUUCCCGGAGACGAUGAAGACCAGGACGAAGACAUCGAUGCCGGUGAUGACGACAGUGAAUAUGCACCUUCAGAUGAAGAGAUGGCUCAUGUUUCUUCCGCUGCGGGUCGGCGUCGUGGGGCUGCGGCCGGGACACGUCGGCAGACUAGAAGCAAGACAGCCGAAUCACAACCGGAUGGCUCUACCGAUGAAGAUGAAGCUGGUGAAUCUGAAAGUGAAUUUGACGAGGACGAUGAGGAAGAGGAAGAUUUAACGGCAGAAAGGGAGGAGUUGAUUGAUCAGCCUGCUACGAAUGGUACAACAGGGGCCCUCUUUGUGAAUGAAGGUAAUCAAGUUCAGCGUGAUGUUUACGACUUUGACGCCCAAAGCCUCCUAUCUAAUCGAGUUCUUAAUGCCAGCAAAAAACGAACUACAGGUGCUGUUUCUGGUGGAGCUGGAGCGGGCACCGCAGGUGGGCGUGCUUCUGGACAAACAACUCGUCGAGUUAAUCGUCGUAACGCAACUGGGGCGGCUCCAAGUUGGGGUUCUAACAUUUACAGUGCCCUUGCUGCAUCCUUGCGAACACGCGCCGAUCUGGAUGCGUACUCCGACUUUCUCAAAUCCACGGUUUUAAAUCAGGAUUUCGACCGUCUAAUUGCUGAACUAUGCAAACCUAGUUCACAGCAUGCUAAUCUGUUCUAUGGCGUUUCUGCUAGUCUUCAAAGUCUAAUGAGCCGCAUAAACGAUUACGACAAAGUCGUAGAAUUGGUGCAUGCGUGUGUCGCACGUCCUUUGAAUAAAAUGCGUCAUCGAGUCGCUUGCUUGGCUCCGGUCGUUCACCAACCACUCUUAGGUCUUAAUUACCUUCCAAUGAUGAACACUGCAUUGACCGAACUAGCAGCAAGUAUCGAUCAGGAGAUGGUUAUUAAGCCAGUUUAUCCCUUGGAUCCAGACAUCAAUUUAUUGGCGUUGACAAAUUCGGCUCUUGGUGAUUUUGGCGUAUCCCCUUCACAAUACAAUCUGAUCACCGGAUCCGGGAACAUCGGACGCUUCAUGCCGGACAUAAAACAAUUGGUUGUACCCACUGAACUGUUCAACAAACUGAACGAUCUCAUUUCUCUUCCACCUGAGCGAGUGUAUGAAGUGGCAUUAUCAAGAGUGCAUCAGCAAACUGACGAAUCGGAUAUUGACAUCAGUCCCAUCGAACCUCCCGACCUCCAGCGUCUAAUGCUUAUUCUAAAUUCUGAAGAAGUAUUGCUUGGGAUGGCUCUCUUGGACAGCUGGAAUGAAGAGGACAUUGCUGUCAGUGUUAAAGAAACUGUCCUUAAUUUGACCAAGGUCAGUCCCUCGGAUGUGAGCGAUUCUGAAGGGAUCAAUGGUUCUAAAUGCGAUACUAUUCAGAAUGAAGUAGCAGAUGUCUUAAACAGUGUUAUAAACUGUGCCAUCAUGGAUGCCAGUGUGGAUAAUCCGUUCGGUAAACGCUUUGGUCGAUCGGCUGUGUCAAACUUAGGCCAGAUUCAUUUUAUUGACGCCUUUCUUCUCAAACCUAAUGGCCGUCGUGACCAUCUACUUUUGGUUGCGCAUAAGGCGAAUUGUUACCCUCCACUCAAUUCGCAUGUGGACGAAUCUGAGGCGUUUAUUGUAUAUUCACUGUUGGAGGAGGGUCAUUUUUUGUUGGAAAGACAUGGUUUUGCUCCUGACGUGCCUGUAGAAUUGGAGGGUGUACACACAGCGGAUCCAGAAGAUUUAUUAGACGAUCAGUCGCUUCUGGUCGUACCGGAUCUACUCUAUGAUACUCUGCGCAAAGUGAUGCUUCGGGAGUUGAUAAGAUGCACGGGUGCUCCGACAACUGUUUUGAACUCAAAGUCAGACGUUUUCGUUGCGCCGCUACCUGUGGUACAGUGUACAAAGUUUGUUGUUUUGGACAGGGUUCGACGUGUUCCUUUGGCUCUUGUCUUCGAUUCACCCGUCCGGCUUGCCCUUCAAGUAUUUUCUGAUGAAUAUAGUGUGCACCCUUUUGGUGUAGAAGCCAGUAAACAGUUUGAUCAACUUACACCAGCUGAACUGAAAAACACCGAGUCUGCUUUCAAACCCACAACCCCUGAUUAUCGUUUAGUCACCAUCGGUGGCCUGCUGUAUGCUGUACAAAUUGACGAUCUUCGAAUCGUUCGUCGUAUACUGGAGAUAAUACCCGCUCGCUCUGAUCCGGUCUUCCCUCACUCUCGCCGCCCAUCAGUGUGCGCACAGUCUGUUGUAGGAGAGUCCAACUCAUGUCCCGCCAGUGUUCAGAUUGUGAAUGAUGAAACCAACAGUUCAACCGUUUUACCCGCCUUCUAUUACCCUCAGUACGAUCGAAAACGAUACAACAGUGUUCUAUCCGGAUUUUCGGAUCACGUCUGCAACCUUCUCUAUGAUCUACCCAUACGUGUGAGUUUGUAUGACAUCAUGUUCCGCCUUGGACAAAAACAUAUGCCAGAACUUUUGGCACGGCAACAUAUUGAAGCGGCCGAAGCUGCUGCGUAUGCUGAAGCAGCUGCUAAUCCACACGCUCCUCCGCCUGCUCCCGUACCACUUCCGGAACAUUGGGGCGUCUGUUGUAUGUGUUCCAAAGAACUACGUUCCGUUAAUGGCUUAUUAGACCACGAAAUGCGUCACAUUGGACUAUCACGCUUCCGUUGUGUCCCACACAACACCAGUUUCUUGGAUCGUCGUCAGUGGCAGAUACAUAUGAAUGAAAUGCACUCAACUACUCGCACUCCCUCUAUGGCGGCCGCACUUCCGCGCAUUGGACACGCAGCGCAGGCAGAUUCAGGUAGCGAACCAGAAGAGGAGGAUGAAGAUGUCCCCGGAAGCGGCCUACUUGCAGGUUUGACACAGGUGUUCAGCACCGGUGUGCUGGUAGGACGAAUGGAGGCACCUCAGUGUGAAAAAUGUGGUGACUACUUUUUAAAUGCGGAUGUACUAACACAGCAUCUAGAUUUUUGCGAUGGUGUCAGCUUCAGUGUGCGCACGCCUAUCCCUCGCACGCAAAAGCCUCCGGUCGAUGAAUCCAGUGCAAUGCCUGAAGUAGACGCCGAUGAAAAUACACAAGCCGACGAAACUGGAGAACUGAAAAUUGGGUCAUGUGUUUGUGGAAUGUGUGGUGCUCAGUUGAGCAGCAGGGAGAAAAUUUUACGUCACUUCAGCUCUUAUCACCUCCAGUGUAUCAUGUGCAAUUCCGUCCUCCGCUCUCUUGAAGAAUUAUCUUGUCAUUACAAAAAACAUAUGGCUGCUGAGUCGGAAGCAGUUCCGAGCACUCCGUUUGUCAAACCCGAAGCAGUUACAGAUGAAGCUGAGGUAGACACCGCAACUACGGGUUUGCACAACAAGACUUUGCUGCAAAAACUAAUGAGAUGUGACCUUUGCCAACAUUUCUGCGGCACCAAAUACAACUACUACUACCACCAAUGGUCUGAACACGGUGUUGUGCAUCCGUCUCUGGGUUCGACAGAUGUUGUGCAACAACCGCGCCAGCUGCGGCAGACGAACGAUCGAGAGGAGCUCCAGUAUUCACUCACUGGCGUGAGACGGAUAAAAUGUAAAUUCUGCGGCUUAGUAGUGCGCGUCACAGGCAAAGAGUACAUAGCACAUCUGAGUGAGAAGCAUGGUGUGUUUGCAAAUGCAGAAGUUAUCUGUCGUAUUUGCGCUGAACUGUUUGAAACACCAGAACAUUUGUCAGUUCAUCUGGGGGAAACUCAUGCGCCCUCUGGAGAGUUUGCUAACGCUGGUGUGCAAACCGUAUUCCGCUGCAGCCAAUGCGAAUUCUGGGGGUUUUCCAAGGGAAUGGUAAAACAUGCUCGAGAGGCUCAUGGCGAUAUCAAUCCGGCCAUGUAUGAAUGCCCGCACUGCUAUGAACGAUUCACGGACAAGCGUUGUUGGCGCACGCAUAUGGACAAACACAAUGAAGGCUAUUCACAGCGCUGCGUUGAGUGUGGUCGUGCUUUCAGGCUACGCGCUUCAUUACUUCAUCAUAUAAGGACACAUCACGGAGAUGAUCAGGGACCGGCCACCUGUGAAUAUUGCGGGAUGACCUAUCCGAGGCGGGCUUCGCUGCGGUAUCAUAUAUAUCGUAUGCAUAAUCAGGAACUGGCACACGAAUGCACCAUGUGUCAACGACGAUUCCGUGUGGAGAACGAAUUGCGGCGGCAUGUGAAGGAGAUGCACAGUGGAGCAGUACGUUGUGAAAUCUGCCACAAAGUCUGCAACAACUUGCGGUGCUACGCACAGCAUCGCCAGAAACACUUCCGUACCAGAAUCUAUCAAUGUACAGAUUGCCAGACUACAUUCAAGAGCAAACUGGCAAUGAAGCGGCACAUUCGUGUGGAACACUUACAAUUGGGUCCGGAAAAGUUUGAAUGCCAGAUUUGUGGAAAGAUUGUCACUCAAAUCGGAAUGCACAUGUUAAUUCACAAGGAGGCUCGGUUCGAGUGCGAAUACUGUGGCAAACGGUUCACUAAAGCUGCCUACUACAAUGAACACUUCCGAAUUCAUCUAGGAGAACAGCCGUUUGAAUGUCACAUUUGCCAAAAGCGAUUUAACAAAAAGUCCAACCUUAACGUCCAUUUGAAGUUCCACGAGAAGCACCGAGAUGAGGAAGGCAAUUACCUUGAAUUGAAACCUCGUGGUCGUGUCAGCACUAUGUUCGGAGAUGCUUUAUUGAGUCCCGCUGACAGGGCUGCUAGACAAGCUGCAGCUGCUCGAAAUCAAAAUCAUCCACCCGUGAUGGCAGAUGCAGCGGUGGGUAGCGAUCUACCAGCUGCGUUCAACUGCGCUGCCGGCCCUCCUGGUGCAGCCGCUGAAGCUGCAGCCCGGGCGAUCGAAAUGUUUGGAAUGGACAGUGCACUGCUCAACCAUUUUCCCAUUUCCAGCUUCGCCACUGAUUCAAACGAUGGUGAAAGUUACUCGUAGCGCGGUCUUGGGGUCACAGAAUCUUGCAUUUCUCCGGUCCCUACAAUCGGUGCUGUCACCAAUUCGCACCCAUCUGUCUGGUCUGGUGCCGUAUUUUUUCCACACUCCGUUACCCGAUUCUCUUGUACCAAUGUUCUGUACGCAUGUCGUUCAAGUGCACAUUGUACGAUAAAACUGUAGGCCGACAGCGGUCUCACUUAUCAGCGAAUCUCCAGUUGUACCUUUCGCCAUCUCUCGCAUGUUCUUCUGUCUGACCUCGAGACAGCGUCGCUAAACGUAGCCCACUUCACUUUGGAUUCUGCUGCCUCCUGCACUUCGUAUUCACUUACAGAAUCGUGUUGCUGCACUUUUUAUUAUCACCUCACUGUCGAUUUGUAUUUACUUUUCCUAUCGCCUCCGUGCUCUAACGAAGCAUCUGUUAACAGUCA